UUUUGCCAGGAAAUGUAAAGGCACUUAAAAUKUUUCUUCUAUGCAAAUCCCAAAUAACAAAAGUGAAUAGUGAACCUGGAAAUUCUGGAGAAAGGAGAAUAUUGUUAUCUUCCUGCCGACAGUGAGGAUGUCAUCUGUAAAAUAUGGUCCCAUGUCUUUUUCCGACUUGCUCUGAAUUCGGAGAGGACAGUAAAGUAAUAAUAAGCAGUCAUGUUGUCCAUGGCUCAGAGACGGAACCUGGCAGGCCCAUGGUGAGGUGUAUUCUCAAGACAAGAUACAGUGACUCACAUGCCUUGCUGGAUAAUCUAAUCCAUGGAUAAAGUGGGAAAGAUGUGGAACAAUUUCAAAUACAGAUGCCAGAACCUCUUCGGUCAUGAAGGUGGAAGCCAAAAUGAAAACAUAGUUGUGAGCUCCAAUAGCUGUUCAUCAGUUAAAGAGAAAGCUGUCCAGAUAACUGAUGUGGCUCAGCAACAACCCAGCAGCCCUUUGAGAGAAAACAUUGCUCUGCAGUUAGGCUUGAGCCCCUCAAAGAAUUCCUCAAGGCGCAACCCAAACUGUGUCACCGAAAUUCCUCAGAUAGUCGAAAUAAGCAUCGAGAAGGAGAAUGACUCGUGUGUCACCACAGGAGCUAGGCUUGCUCGAAGGGACUCCUACUCUCGGCAUGCUCCUUGGGGUGGGAAGAAGAAACAUUCCUGCUCUACCAAAACCCAGAGCUCCUUGGAUACGGAGAAGAGGUUUGGCAGAACGCGAAGCGGGUUGCAGAGGAGGGAGAGGAGGUAUGGGGUGAGUUCCGUCCACGAUAUGGAUACGGUGUCAAACAGGACAGUAGGCAGCCGGUCUCUGCGACAGCGGCUACAAGACACUGUUGGUCUGUGUUUUCCCAUGCGAACUUACAGCAAACAGUCCAAACCUCUGUUCUCUAACAAGAGAAAAAUCCAUCUCUCUGAACUAAUGCUUGAGAAAUGCCCUUUUCCUGCAGGCUCAGAUCUGGCUCAGAAGUGGCAUCUCAUUAAGCAGCACACGGCUCCCGUGAGUCCCCAUUCAACCUUUUUUGAUACGUUUGAUCCUUCCUUGGUCUCUACAGAAGACGAAGAGGACAGACUCAGAGAGAGACGUAGACUUAGUAUCGAAGAAGGGGUUGACCCCCCUCCCAAUGCCCAAAUACACACUUUUGAAGCUACAGCACAGGUUAAUCCAUUGUAUAAACUAGGACCAAAGUUAGCCCCCGGUAUGACUGAGCUGACCGGGGACAAAAACGUGCCACCAGCAGGAGCGUGCGACUCGGAAGAGGACACGACGACGCUCUGCCUGCAGUCGCGCCGGCAGAAGCAGCGCCAGGCGUCCGGAGAUGCCCACGGCCACGUGGGCAGGCAGGGCGCGUGGAAGGUGCACACGCAGAUCGACUACAUCCACUGCCUCGUGCCGGACCUGCUCCAGAUCACGGGCAACCCCUGCUACUGGGGCGUCAUGGACCGCUACGAAGCCGAGGCGCUGCUGGAGGGCAAGCCCGAGGGCACCUUCUUGCUCAGGGACUCGGCGCAGGAGGACUACCUCUUCUCGGUGAGCUUCCGCCGCUACAACCGCUCGCUGCACGCGCGCAUCGAGCAGUGGAACCACAACUUCAGCUUCGACGCCCACGACCCCUGCGUGUUCCACUCCUCCACGGUCACGGGGCUCCUGGAGCACUACAAGGACCCCAGCUCCUGCAUGUUCUUUGAACCCUUGCUUACUGUCUCCCUGAACAGGACCUUCCCUUUCAGCCUGCAGUAUAUCUGCCGGGCGGUGAUCUGCAGGUGCACCACGUACGACGGGAUCGACGACCUCCCGUUGCCUUCCAUGUUGCAAGACUUUCUAAAGGAGUAUCACUAUAAGCAAAAAGUCAGGGUGCGGUGGCUGGAGCGGGAACCCAUUAAAACGAAGUGAAAGGAACCCCGAGUCCCCCAUAAGCUCACAGAAUACGCUUAUUUUUUUGUGUGUGUGUGUGUUACAGUUUAACUGCGGCAAGUGCACCGACAACGUCUAGCUUUUUUGCAAUAUUCUAUUUAAGCUCAGUGUUAGUAUCCUGUCAGAUGCUGCCUGCUGUUAAUCAGACUAAAUUGUGAUGCCUCUUGGAAACAAUAAGCAGACACAACUCUGCACGUUUUUCAUUUAGGCCUAAUUAAAGUAUUUUUGCUAAUUUCUGAAUAUUUUGUUUCCCUUUUAUAGCUGUAGUAAUUGGAUGAAGAAACUAUGAGGCAUUUUCCAUGGGGCAUUCAUGYUAGGCUCAUAAAGACGUUAUUAGAGGAGCGUUUUUGCUAAUAUCUGAAGUAUUUUUUUAAAGAACCUUCUCACAACCUCCCCGCUACUCAAAGUACUAAUUUAGCUCAUAAAUAUAAAUUUCCAGAAAAUAGUGAAAAAGAGUAUUUUCUUUUGCAAAACGAAUACCAGUUCAUUAGAAGCAGGGAUGUCCUGCAGUCCACUAAGACUUGGUGGGGUUUUAAUGCUAAUGAAUGAAUCGUGCUCUUCUCAUUGUAUAAAGUUUUCUAAUCACAAAGACUUGAAUAUGCCUGCUCAGUACUGUAAUUCUGSUUAAAACACUUGGAGAUUUAAGUGGCAUUGUUAGUAAAAGGAACACUGUCGUGGACAGUUUAAUACCUUGCAGUGUGAACGAUUGAUUUAGGUGGCAGAACACAGAAUUAGAGUAUUGCCGUGAAAAAAAAGGCUGUAGCUUUCUUCUAAAAGAGAAAUCGGGUGGCCUGACUACUUGUAAUUUACGAUUGAAGAUAAUGGUGAAGAGAAAGUGUUUAAUUAUUUAAAGUCGUUUAAUAUUUUUAUGGAGAAAGUUACCAGUGGUUGAAUUAUUAUAAUCGGGAUACAAAACCUGUCAGGUGUCUGAAGCACAYGUCAGGUUUCAAAGGUACUGCUACACUUUAUUUGUAAAUAUUUUUUUGCCAUUAGCGCUUUUUAAAAUGUCUUUGAAAUAAUAUGCACUGAUCAUAGUUUCAACAAGUGACUUAGAAACAAAAUUCUAAGUUGUCUUUGCUUAUUUAAUCAGAGAUGGGACGUCYGACGGUUCUGUCUAGACACAUUUGCACUAAAAAUUUGUUGGAAUGCCCUGUCCCCUGUUGAUGUUUUGUACCAAUUUUGGGUGCUCCCUAGUUUCUUUACCAGCUGCUACAGUGUGUAAUAACUUACUUCUCCCUGGCGGUGACCUGUGCGAGGUAGGGAACACUUUGGCUGCAAGUACAAUAAACGUUAUUCUUGUACGCUACACUAACCCUUCUCUUGAUGUAUUUUUCUGCUUGCUGUGCCUUGUUCUGGCUUCUCGUGCUAAUAAAGUACAGUAUGUUCAGUGUUACGCUUGUAUAUCUGCUCUGUUUUUAUAUAUUCACCUAACUUGUAGCGGUUAACUGCAUUUUUCAUAGGCUUUCCUAGCACUUAGUGCAGUUGGGUAGCAGUUGUGGAGCGCGCCGCGUUCCUGCUCGGUGUCGCACCACUCGUUGGAGAUGUCGCCAUAUGCACCACCCAGUGAUGUUCCUGUGACCCCUGCAAAGCUACGGACUUGUCUGCGGGCCCAGAACGUGUGCCAGUUUUGGCAGUGUAAAGGAUAAAUAUCRGGGAAAAAUAUUUCAGAACAUUAUGGAUGUCCUGCAGUGGUUGCUGAAAGUGUUUCAGCCCGUUCAUGGGUAAGCCUAACACUUUGACACUGAGAUAGGAAUGGUUAUUAACGCCUGUAAAUUGGCAGUACAGCUGUGGCAUUUGUUCACUUUUAGACUAUUUUUAAUGAGUACGUAUAUACAAAUUGGUCAAAUACCCUGUUUUUACCAAAGAAUACUGUCAAUUUAUGUUGGGAUAUUUUUUUAGCAGAAAAGUUUGAGUGGAGAAGUGCAAUCCCUGCUCUAUCAAAUGUUUAUCCCAAAUUAUGAUAUACCAAAGCAUUUGAGAACUGCAUGUGAAACCUAAGCAAUAUAUUCAAUUAUGUCGGUAGGGCUAAGACCUUUAAUGUCAACAAUGUCAUCGUUUCUCURGAGUUCACAGUGCACCUGAAGAGAAGUGAUUGAAAUAAUUCUGUAAUGACUGGAACAGCACUACUAUGUAGACGCUUUUACUGAAAGGAGUUAAUUUGGAGCACCCUGAAAGCACUUUAAAAACAUAUGUUAAUAUGCUUGUGGAAACUCUGUGAUCCCUUUAUGCCUUCUC